CAGCUCAUCUUCUCACCUCUCCCCUUAUUUAUUCAUCCCCCUAGUUCCCAAUCCUCCAAACCAAGUCACACUCAAAUCACUCCCAACAACUCUCUACUUUAUCCCUCACUCACUUCAUGGCUCCCAAGUUGGCACUCUUUGCUUUGGCUUCUUUCCUCCUUGUCACUGCAAAAGUUUCUUCUUCUAAUGAGGAUCAUGUGUUCAUGGGAAUAGAGGAUUUGGGAGUGGGUAAACCUCUAAACCCACCAGUUGUUUAUCCAGCUCCAACUCCAGCACCAGCUCCUGCAGGACCUGUUAUGAUUAAAACUUGGAAGGAGUGCCCAGAUGUGUGCAAAGGGAGGUGCAAACUGCACUCAAGAAAGAAUGUGUGCAACAGGGCGUGCAUCACGUGCUGUGCAGUUUGCCGGUGCGUGCCGCCGGGAACCGCCGGAAACAGAGAGAUGUGUGGCACGUGCUACACUCAAUGGAAGACUCAUGGAAACCGCACCAAAUGCCCUUAAAUUU